AUGGAACCAAGGAACAACGUGACUUACUUUGUCCUCCUGGGACUCACCCAGAACCCAAAGGAACAGAAGGUCCUUUUCGUCCUUUUCUUGCUCUUCUACCUUUUGACCAUGGUGGGAAACUUGCUCAUUGUCGUGACUGUGGCUUUCAGUAAGGCCCUGGACACGCCUAUGUACUUCUUUCUUGGAAGCCUGUCAUUUAUGGAUGUCAUUUAUUCUUCAUCCAUCUCCCCCAAAUUGAUUUCAGACUUGUUCUUUGGGAAGACAACCAUAUCCUUCAAAUCUUGUAUGAUUCAGCUCUUCACAGAACACUUCUUUGGUGGGUCAGAGGUCUUCCUUCUAUUGGCGAUGGCCUACGAUCGCUAUGUGGCCAUCUGUAAGCCUUUGCAUUACUUGGUUAUUAUGCGGCAGUGGGUCUGUGUUGGGCUGCUCAUAAUGUCCUGGAUUGGAGGUCUUAUGCACUCACUGAUUCAAAUGAGCUCUCUUCAUGGGCUCCCAUUCUGUGGUCCCAAUGUCAUUGAUCACUUCUUCUGUGACAUGUACCCCCUUUUGAAGCUUGUCUGUGCUGACACUUAUGUCAUUGGCUUCUUAGUGGCAGCCAAUGGAGGGGUAAUCUGCACUGUUGUGUUUCUGCUCUUGCUUGUUUCUUAUGGUGUUAUCUUGUACUCUCUAAAGAACCUAAGUCAGGAAGGGAGACGAAAAGCCCUCUCCACUUGUGGUUCUCACAUCACUGUGGUGGUCUUCUUCUUUGUCCCCUGUAUUUUCAUGUAUGCAAGACCUGCGAAGACUUUCCCCAUUGAUAAAUCAUUGAGUGUGUUUUAUACAGUCAUAACUCCUAUGCUGAACCCCUUGAUCUAUACUCUGAGAAAUUCAGAGAUGACAAAUGCUAUGAAGAAGCUCUGGAGAAGAAAAGUCAUAUCAGGCAGUAAAUAA